GACACAACUUCCUCAAACGACACAACACACACUCGACACAAACAUCUCGGACUGCAGCAGCAGGUAAACACACACACACACCGGGCCUGCUGUGUGUCCGUCAGCUCGGCGUGCGCAGAUGGAGGCCUUCAGCUCCAAAGACAUGGCCAUGCAGGCGCAGAAGAAGAUCCUGAGCCGCAUGGCCAGCAAAUCUGUGGCUCAGAUGUUCAUCGACGACAACAGCAGCGAGGUGCUGGAUGAGCUGUACCGCGUCUCCAAGGAGCACUCGGGGAACCGCGCAGAGGCCCAGAAGGUGGUCAAGAACAUGAUCAAGAUCGCGGUGAAGGUCGGAGUUCUGUUCCGGCACGAGAAGUUCAGCGCAGAGGAGCUCAGCAUCGCACAAGAGUUCAGGAAAAAACUGCACCACGGAGCCAUGACGGCCAUCAGCUUCCAGGAGGUGGAGUUUACCUUCGACAAGAGCGUGAUGAUAAACCUUCUGUCAGAGUGUCGGGAUCUGCUGCUGAAGCUGGUGGAGAAACACCUCACUCCCAAAUCUCUAGACCGCAUCAGGCAUGUCUUCAACCAUUACGCGAACCCGGAGCUCCUGACGCACCUGUACGACCCGCAGGGCAACCUGUGGAGCAACCUGAGCAAGAUCUGCAGCGGCCUCAACCAUAUGAUCGAGGAGGGAAAACUCUGAGCUGGAAACACAGGACUAAACACCUCAAAGAAAAUUAUGAUGAUACAAAGCCAAGACGUUAGUUAUUUUUAUAAGUUAAUCAGGUUUCAACUAAUUUUUUUUUUAGUUAUACAAAGUUUAACUUAAUAUUUUUAGUCAGUAAAAAAAAUUCACAUGAUUCAACUAAAACAUUAGGUCAGCAAUAAUUUUUAUACAGUGCACACAGCAGUACUUACAUGUCAGACUCAUUUUCAGCUUCUUCCCAGCUGAAAAUAAUCAUUUACUGAUUAAUUAUAACAGCUAAUAAGAACCAUUCAGAAUGCAUUGAGGUCAAGUUGGCUUUAUAUUCACACAUUCCGACAUCCUCCUUAGGGAAAUCAUGUUAGCAGCUGAUGGCUAUCAAAGUACAUCAGUGUUCAAAGUCAAUUAAAUAGUGCUUAUGCUGUUUUAAAGUCAAACUUUAUUAGGUACACCUGACUAGUACCGUGUCGGACCCCCUUUUGCCUUCAGAACCGCCUUAAUCCUUCAUGGCAGAGAUUCAACAAGCUACUGGAAAUAUUCCUCAGAGAUUUUGCUCCAUAUUGACAUGAUAGCAUCACACAGUUGCUGCAGAUUUGUCGGCUGCACAUCCAUGAUGCCAAUCUCCCGUUCCACCACAUCCCAAAGGUGCUCUAUUGGAUUGAGCUCUGGUGACUGUGGAGGCCAUUUGAGUACAGUGAACUCAUUGUCAUGUUCAAGAAACCAGUCUGAGAUGAUUGGUGCUUUAUGACAUGGUGCGUUAUCCUGCUGGAAGUAGCCAUCAGAAGAUGGAGACACUGUGCUCAUAAAGGGAUGGACAUGGUCAGCAACAAUACUCAGGUAGGCUGUGGUGUUGACACCAUGCUCAAUUGGUACUAAUGGACCCAAAGAAAAUCUCCCCCACACCAUUACACCACCACCACCAGCCUGAACUGCUGAUACAAGGCAGGAUGGAUCCAUGCUUUCAUGUUGUUGAGGCCA